GUGACACCUAAGUCCGAAUAUUUCACCCACCAUUACCACCACCUCCUCCACCACCACCACUUCCACCACUUCCAUCCAUCUCCUCCGUCCAUCUCUCUUUAUUUAUUUAUCUAUCUGAAACUGAAGCCACAGAGGAAGAAGCACUAAUUUCGGAUCUCCAUUGCUGAAUCUCGGAAAGCACCGUCUUCACUGCUUCCGUAUUGUCCGAGAGCAUUUCUUUGAGCUGCAUUUGUUUUGUCUGAGAUGGACCGGCGGGGAUGGCCAUGGAAGAAAAAAUCAUCUGACAAGGCUGCUGCAGAAAAAGCGGCUGCUGCAGAAAAAGCAGCUGCUGCAUCUAACGCUGCUGGUGCUACUAAUCAGGCUGAUCAGGAUAACUACAAAAAACCGACCUAUGUUCAAAUUUCUGUGGAGUCAUAUACGCAUCUGAGCAGUUUGGAGGAUCAAGUAAAGACAUAUGAGGAACAAGUCCAGACGCAGGAGGAUCAGAUUAAGGAAUUGGAUGAAAAGCUGUCAGCAGCCCAUUCAGAGAUGACUACUAAAGACAACCUGGUAAAGCAGCACACUAAAGUUGCUGAAGAAGCUGUCUCAGGUUGGGAAAAAGCUGAAGCUGAAGCUCUGGCAUUGAAAAAUCAUCUAGAAACUGUCACACUUGCAAAACUCACUGCUGAAGAUCGUGCAUCGCAUCUAGAUGGUGCUCUUAAAGAGUGCAUGCGGCAGAUACGAAAUCUGAAGGAAGAACAUGAGCAGAAAUUGCAAGAAGUUGUUAUUACCAGAACCAAGCAAUGGGACAAAAUUAAGCAUGAAUUUGAAGCGAAGAUAGGUAACUUUGAGCAAGAACUCCUCAGGUCUGCUGCCGAAAAUGCUGCUCUUUCAAGAUCUUUACAGGAACGUUCAAACAUACUAAUCAAGAUAAAUGAGGAAAAGUCACAAGCUGAAGCUGAAAUUGAGCUGUUGAAGAGCGAUGUUGAAUCAUGUCAAAAGGAAAUAAAUUCUCUUAAAUAUGAACUGCACAUUGUUGCCAAAGAGCUGGAAAUUCGUAAUGAAGAAAAGAACAUGAGUAUGAGGACUGCCGAAGUAGCAAACAAGCAGCAUAUAGAGGGUGUUAAAAAAAUAGCUAAGCUAGAAGCAGAGUGCCAAAGGUUACGUGGUCUUGUGCGGAAGAAGUUGCCUGGUCCUGCUGCACUUGCCCAAAUGAAGCUAGAGGUCGAGAAUUUAGGCCGAGAUUAUGGGGAUACUCGACUCAGGAGAUCUCCUGUUAAGCCUUCUAGUCCACACGUUUCUCCAGUAACUGAGUUUUCCCUUGAUAAUGCACAUAAGUUCCAUAAAGAGAAUGAAUUUCUCACCGAACGUUUAUUGGCAAUGGAAGAAGAAACAAAGAUGCUCAAAGAAGCGUUGGCAAAGCGCAACACUGAAUUGCAGGCUUCAAGGAGUUUGUGUGCUAAGACUGGUAGCAAGCUCCAAAGUUUAGAAGCACAACUUUAUGGCAGCAAUCAACAGAAAAGUUCCCCAAAAUCUAUCAUUCAUAUCACUGCUGAAGGUUCUUCAAGCAAUCCUCCGAGCCUGACCUCCAUGUCAGAAGAUGGAAAUGAUGAUGAGAGGAGUUGCGCUGAGUCUUGGUCUACUACAGCAUUGAUUUCUGAGCUCUCCCAAUUCAAGAAAGAGAAGAACAAUGAGAAAUCAAACAAGGUUGAAAAUGCAAACCAGUUGGAGCUUAUGGAUGACUUUCUAGAGAUGGAGAAGUUAGCUUGUCUACCAAAUGGUUCAAAUGGAGCCAUCUCCAUUUUGGAUUCUUCAAAUAAUAAGAUACCUGAUGCAUCAGGAGAAGUCACUACCGAGAACGAUCUUCAGUCUGAUCAGCUCCGUGAUUUGAUUCCAUUGGAAAAUCAGGUACCUUCUAGCAUCGAAUUGUCAGAACAGUAUCAAGGCUCAGAUGCAGAGCAGCUUCCACUGGUGAAGCUCCGAUCAAAAAUUUCUUUGGUAUUUGAGUCUAUGCCCAGGGAUGCUGAUAUGGGGAAAAUUUUGGAGGAUAUUAAGCAUGUUCUGCUGGAUGCACAUGAUGCUCUUCGUCAGCACUCUGUAACUUAUGCUACCGAGGAAGUACAGUGUUCUGAUGCCAUAUCUGACGGGAAGGGUGAUCCAGAAGAGCUAACUGCAGAAAAGGAAAUUUCUUCAUCCCAGCCAGCUACAGAGACUGUGAAUAUCAUAAGCCAAAAUUUAGCAACUGCCAUUUCACAGAUUCAUUACUUCGUUUUGUUUUUGGGCAAAGAAGCAAUGGGAGUCCAUGACACAUCACCUGAUGGCAGUGGAUUGAGUCAAAAAAUUGAGGAGUUCUCUGUCACGUUCAAUAGAGUUAUGUACAGCAAUACUAGUUUGGUUGAUUUUGUUCUUGACCUUUCUCAUGUUUUAGCUAAAGCCAGUGAACUCAGAUUCAACGUCCUGGGCUAUAAGGAUGCUGAUGCAGAAAUUAGUAGUCCCGAUUGCAUAGACAAGGUUGCUUUACCUGAGAAUAAAGUAGUUCAAAAGGAUUCAUCAGGAGAAAGAUAUCAUAGUGGUUGUGCCCGCAUUUCCAAUCCUACUUCUGACCUGGAGGUUCCUGAUGAUGGAAAUUUAGUCUCAGGCUAUGAAUCUAAUUCUGCAUCAUGCAAGUUCUCAUUGGAGGAGUUCGAAGAAUUGAAAUCAGAGAAAGAUAACAUGGCUGUGGAUCUAGCGAGAUGUACCGAAAACCUUGAGAUGACGAAGUCACAGUUGCAGGAAACUGAGAGGCUUCUAGCAGAACUUAAAUCGCAAUUAGCAUCUGCUCAGAAGUCAAACAGCUUGUCUGAGACACAGCUGAAAUGUAUGGCAGAGUCAUACAGAUCGCUUGAAGCACGUGCAGCAGAGUUAGAAACUGAGCUGAACCUUUUGCAAGUUAAAACAGAAACUUUGGAAAAUGCACUUCAAGAAGAAAAGAAGAGUCAUCAACAUGCUCUGGCCAGAUGCGAGGAACUUCAAGAGCAAUUGCAAAGGAAUGAGGCCUGCUCUGUCUGUGCUGCAGCAGCUGAUGAUCUCAAGACCAAACAGGAGACGGAGUUAACAGCUGCAGCAGAGAAGCUAGCAGAGUGUCAAGAAACCAUUUUCCUUCUUGGCAAGCAGUUGAAAUCUUUGCGUCCUCAAACAGAGUUCAUGGGAUCACCUUUCAGCGAGAGGAGUCAAAGGGAAGAAGGUCUCACCGAAAACGAACCGACUACCAGUGGCAUGAACUUUCAAGACUUUGAUCAAGCUGAAAUGGACACAGCCGCUUCAGCCAAUGUGCAAAAACUCGGUGCUGAGUCUCUCAUGGACUUGCAUAGUUCCCCGUGCAGCCCGUCUGAUACCGAAGCAAACUAUCCCCAGAGGUCACCAUCGAGCUCAAAGCAUCCAAAGCACAGGUCUACCAGGUCAACCUCCUCGUCAUCUUCUUCUGCCCCAACACCUGAGAAACAAUCAAGAGGAUUUACCAGAUUCUUUUCCUCGAAAGCAAAGAACAGUCAAUAGGCUUGCAGCUCGCAGGCAGAAUAAUGGUGGUUGUUGAAGUGGCCAUUAAGUAAUAAUAAUAUUUAGAAGCACCCAAGGCGGAGAGCUCUAUCAGCUACACGUUAUUAGAAUCCAGAUUCUGAGAGGUUUUGUGGAGCUCUUUCUGAGAGGAUGCUUUCCAAACAUCAGGUAAUUUUUGUAACUAAUGGCUGUACAUGAUAUCCAUAUAUGUGAAUUUGUUUUUCUUCUAUUCUAAUUUCCUUCUGUAAUUUGGUUAAUUGAACCGUGACACUUUCUCAACUGUUACAGAAUAUUUGAAUAUAUUUUAUGUGGCAGU